UUUAUGUCGUUGCGGUGGAAGAAUGAACAAAGCAGCGGUUGGAGGCGGUGGGGGAGGGGGCGGCCCGACGGCUGCUGCCGCGGUCGCGGCAGCGCAAAAGCAGAAGACGCUACUGCAAAGGGUCGACGCCGAUGUGUCCAACCUCGUUGACAACUUCAGCCACCUCGUGAAUCUUGCUAGGGUGAACGAUCCACCGGUCCGAAACUCGCAGGAAGCCUUCCAGAUGGAGAUUCGUGCAGCGAGAAUGGUUCAAGCGGCUGAGUCGUUGAGAAAUUUGGUGUCGGAGCUGAAGCAAACAGCUAUCUUCUCGGGGUUUGGCUCUUUGAAUGACAACGUGGAUCGGCAGGUCGCUGAAUUCAACCGCCUGGAGGAGGGAUCUGAGCGGCUUCUGGAAAAGGUUGGGGAGCAAGCCGCUGCCAACCUCAAGGAGCUCGAGGCACAGUAUUAUUCAUCGGUCUUAAGGUCAAGCCAGGGAGACGAUGGAUGAGAUUUGGAGCUUUUAACUCUUUCUUUCAAUAGGAGGCAACUGGCAUCUAGCAGCUUAUCUCAUGUGUCCUGCUCGCCGAGAAAAUCAUGGUAAUCUUUCUUCAGUAUAGCCACACCGAAAAUCUCAAGCACAUUUAGGGGAUUGGGCACGCAUCUCCAAAGACUGCACUCAAUUGUCUUAAUCGCAUGCUUAUUCAGGAUUGGAAUGCUAUUUUGAUGCGUAAUUAGCAAUUAUGUAUUUCCAAAUGUUUGUAAUAAUAGUUCAUGACGAGUUUGGCUAGUGAUGAAGAUUUAUAAAUUGCUUUUUCCCCCCUCGCA